AAGUGAAAAUCACGAAAUAAAAUAUCGGUGAAAUAAGUUGGUUUGCAGUAUUCAAAGAUUAUUUUGUUAUAAGACUUUAGUUGAAGAAUACAUAGUCUGCUGGUGAUUCUGUUUAUACUCACGUAGAUGUACAUGAAAAUCCAUCGAAAGGUUUUUUUAUAAGGGUUGAAAUGCAUUUGUUGAUCUGUUGAUUUCUACUUUAACAUCAAAAGAUAGUAUAAAGGAGUUACUGUAUGUAGCUAUAACAGUUAAAGAACAUCGCAAUAAAAGCACAUUUCUUGCAGAUGACAAGAAGGGAAAAGAUAGACCAGCUUUUACAGUAGAAAUAAAAAAUGACACAUGUGGAAACAAAAACAGGAAAAUCAAAACUUCGAUUUGAAGAGAAAAAGACUGAAGACCCAACCUCAUACAAUGAUGCCCUUAGAUUUCCUGACAAACUAUUUAAAAGUAACCGCCAUACAUUCACCUGCCUAAAGGCUAUAUUUGGUAUCUUUUCUGGAAUAUUGACUGGUGGAAUACUGUUUGUUCUGCUAAUCUACAGUUUUGGUUUUGCCUUGGAUAUAGCUGGGUAUAUAUCUAUUGGAGUGACAGCCGUAGCAUGUCUAGGUCUAGCACUAUCUGUCCAUGUCCGCUGUAUCGUGCUACUGAUGAUUCCUAGCCUAUUUACUGGUAGAGGAAGGGUAGCCAUCUUGGCAGUAAUAUUGGGACUCCUUUUAUCAAGACCAAUCAAAAACAUCUCUAUAAAUACUUCAGAAGUAUCCAGAAGUAUGGCCUGUAGUACCGAACUCUUUCAGAAUCAGUCACACACUCUCAGACAGCAGUUAAAUGUGCCAUUAAAGCAAAUUACUGAUGUCCUGGAUAAACACGCUAAAGAUAUAAAGGAAAUUGGAAAACAAAUAGAUAAAGCCAUAAAACCAAUUAAUGAUGCUCUUGCUGCUAUUAAACAUGGUGUCCAGAAAGUGAGCGGUGCACUGGAUACAGCUUCACAGGAGUGUGACAGAAUGAUGAACAGUGUUUAUGAUGACUGUACAAUAGAACUCAGCAAUGCAUAUGACAAAUGUAGUGAGACACUUAGUUCUGCUAAAAGGUAUGUUCCACAUUUAGAUAUCACAGCAGUCUGUAAAAUCCUUGAUAAAAACCAGGUCUGUGUUAUACUCAAACCAUCUGUUGUAUGUUCACCAGUCAAAACACUUGAUAAUGCAGCUGAGAAACUUGCGGAUUUUGCUGUCAAUCUGGUCAAAGAUAUCGAUAAAUGGUUUCAAUUCAACAUCAUCAAGAAGUCUCAGAAUGACCAGGUGAAUAAUGCUACCAAAACAGCUAAAGAAUUCAUUGCUGAGAUUGAGAAAGCUUUGACCGACAAGAAAAUAACAUUUACUUACAUCGUAGAAAGUAUGAGCCAACUUUUAGCUCUUUCCCUUCUGUUGUUACUAACCCAAUCAUUUUUUUACUUGAAAAAUUAUCUGGCCAAGGAUGAAUUCGAUAACAUUUACAUUACUUCCCAGUUUAUGGGUUAUGAUUCUGAAACACGCGAGAAAGGACAACAGGGCGUGUUACCUCUUCAAAAGAAGGAAAAGAAACUAUACACAGAUAGUACAUCCUUCAUGAUGUCUCCAAAAGAAAGAAGCCAGAGUGUGAUUGGUAUUUCUCAACUCAUCUUACAUGUGUUACUGAGUGCUCUGAUUGUGUUCCUUAAUUACGUACUGUUCUAUAUAUUGUUCCUUGUAAACAGGUAUGGCCAGGUGAAUGUAGAUGUCACUGGAAAAAGUAAAAUUAACCUAAAGGUCAGAGGAGGACAAAUGGCUGCUUUAAUCAACACUUUUAUAAAUAACAUUAACAUUGAAAACACGUACGAGGCUAGUUAUAAUACAACUGUAUGCCUGCCAAGUCCAACACCUCCUGAUGCCACGGACAUUCCAGUUCUUUGUUCAGCUUACGCUGCUGCUUUUCUCCUGGUUUUACUGCAAGCCUAUGGAGCAAGAUGCAAUCGUAAAAUAUGUGCCUUCUACUAUCCUGAACAGGAAAUGGAACGUAUCGCUUUUCUGCAGAAGAAAAUCCUUUACAACCGCACGGAAAGGCACACAUUCAUUAAACAACAUGUUACUUCAAUAAAGAAUAAAAAAAUUGCUGAGCAGAGAAUGUCUGUAAAACAAAUGUUAUCUGCAAUAUGUCCUUGCUUUAAAGUGGAAAAGACAGAUCUAAAAUUCUGUAUGUACUGUGGAGCUAAUCAAGGGUCCAGUCGUACAUUACAGGAAUGUAAAAACACAAACUGCACAUCAACUUAUUGUUCUGAGUGUUUUAAUGAUGUGGACAUAUUUGUCCUAUCUGUAGAAAAUAACAUGUUUAUCAUGUUUAUAUUAUAGUUCUGAUUUUUAUUGUUUUCUAAAUAUAAGAUUCAGUAAAGACAAGAGUGCACACGCUGAAAUGUCUCGCCUUCUUUACUUCUCAUUGAUAUUAUGUUGAUAGUCCUAAAUAUAAAGCUUUAUUACAACUGUCACAUACUUUUAACAUUAAUCAAGACAACUAAACAUUGACCAAAUUCCAAUGAAUCAUAUAAAAUGAGGUCAAGGUCAGAUGGACAAUGCCAGGUAGACAUGUACAGCUAACAAUUCUUCCAUACAACAAAUAUAGUUGACCUAUUGCUUAUAGAUUGAGAAAAAACAGACCAAAACACAAAAACUUAACACUGAUCAAUGAACUGUAAAAAGGAGGUCAAGGUCAAAUAAAACCUGCAGGACUGACAUAUAGAUCAUUAAUUAUUUCCAGAAAUCAAAUAUAGUUGACCUAUUGUAUACAGAAUAAGAAAAAAAGACAAAAACUUAAAACUUAAAUUUGACCACUGAACCAUGAAAAUGAGGUCAAGAAUAGAGCACACCUGCCAGCUAGACAUGUACCCCUUACAAUCAUUCCAUACACCAAAUAUAGUAGAUCUAUUUCAUACAGUAUAAGAAAAACAGACCAAAACACAAAAACUUAACUAUAACCACUGAACAAAAAAAUGAGGUCAAGGUUAGAUGACACCUGACAUUUGGACAUGUACACCUUACAGUCCUUCUAUACACCAAAUAUGCAAGACCUAUUGCUUAUAGUAUCUGAGUUAUGGACUUGACCACCAAAACUUAGCCUUGUUCACUGAUCAAUGAAAUGAGGUCGAGAUCGAGGUCGACUGAAAACUGUCUGACGGGCAUGAGGACCUUGCAAGGUACGCACAUACCAAAUAUAGCUAUCCUACUACUUAUAAUAAGAAAGACUUUAACAUUACAAAAGAUCUUACUUUUUUUCAAGUAGUCACUGAACCAUGAAAAUGGGGUCAAGGACAUUGAACAUGUGACUGACGGAUCCGUAUGUCGAGCUUUCUGCAACUAAAGUUGCAGGCUCAACGAAAACAGACCAAGAUUUGUUGAAAAACAAACAAUCUUCAGUUUUCAGCUUAUAUAUCUAGAAAUGUAACAAAGUUUUUUGUAUAAAUUUGAAGGCGACUCGAAUAAAAAGUGUGCUGUUAUUUGGCAAAUUUUUAAAUACUCUUUAAUGUUUGCACCCCUUAUUAGCCAAUUUGUUACAAAUUUAACACACAAGCAUUUGAAUAUUAUUACCUCCAACAAGGAAUAGAUACAUAAAGAAGGAUCACUCAAUCUUAAUUUCAGAAUUGCCAAACAGCUCUUAGUCUCCAGCUAUUUCAAGCUGUAAUUUUGCUUAUGAAUAUACAUCAAGUAAUGCUUUUUACUACUAUUAAAUAUUUUCAUUUAUCUUA